CUGUCACAAAAGAGAGUGAGUUGACAGUGUCGUCUGCUAACAAUAACUGUUGACGUCUGCUACAAUAAGUGAUGACACACCUGUGUUACCUGUACACGAUUUAAUCAAUACUUGCGUGUAUCAUAUACACUGACUUUCACAUUCAUUAAAGCUAAGGCAGCUUCCGUACCAAAUAUUGACGAUAUUGUAUAUAUAUAUCUAUAAGUUAACCAGUCUAUAGCACUGAAAUGGGCGUUGGUUCUUUUCUCGUGAUAACAUCGGCACAGUGUAAAAACUGAUUACGACAAAUGAGUGAUAGAUAUAUUGUUCUGAUUGGAAAUCGUGGAAAUUACAAAUGAUUUAUCAUUAACUAGUUAAUCUUAGUUAAAAAGGAUGUAUUUAAAGUAAAAGUGGGACUGCUGUUUACAACCUUUAUACGAGUGACUGAACAUAUAUAACACUUGCCCAGUGAUCAAAUCUUAUGUUUAAAGAUGUGCCAAAUAUUUCACAGAUGUAUUCUGCUUAUUUCUUUCUUGUCACAAGUUUUAUGUAACAAUGCGCCUAUAUUCCUGGGAGACACCUUUCUCAUAAGACCGGAGGACACACCUAUAAACACGACCCUUAUAACUUUGAAAGCAACAGAUAUUGAUGGUCCAAAGGAGUUGGAAUUCUCAAUACCUAAAGGUCAUAUAACGGAACAGUAUGUUAAACUAGUUAAUGCUCGUGGACAGAGUGACAGUCCUGAAGGCAGGAAAGUAGAUGUUGUGCUCAUAAAAGAAUUAGACAGGGAUUAUUCUGGUCAAUCAACUAUGAAACUUAGGUUUAAUGUUAACGACAAUCUAGGAGGGGAAGGAAAUACUAUAACCAGUGAGUUAACCCUGUAUAUAACUGAUGUUAAUGAUGUGAACCCAGAAUUUGUGGAAUCUAGAUAUGAAAAAGAUGUUAAAGAAAAUGCUGCUCUAGACACUACUGUGACGACAGUUGAAGCAAAAGACCCUGACCAGGGGAAAGGAGGCCAAAUUGUAUACUCAAUGGAGCCUGUUGGACAAGCUGUAUCAGAUGACUAUAAGAAUGCAUUUGCAAUAAACCCAACUACUGGAGUGGUAACACUCAAAAGAGCAUUGGAUGCAAAUGUUCAUAACUAUUAUGAGUACAAAUUAAUUGCUACAGAUGGAGAUGGAAGAACUGGUCAUUCUGUGUUGCUGAUUAAAGUUCAAGAUGUCCAGGAUAAGCCACCAUACUUUACCAAUCUGCCAUACAGCACAUCUAUAUUUGAAAAUGCUUCUAUAUCAACGCAGGUUGUCCAGGUAACAGCACUCGAUGGAGACAAAGGUGUUCCAAACACAAUAACUUACAGUUUUGUGAGUGGUCAGAUUACAAAUUUUGAUAUAGAUAGUAACUCAGGAUGGAUAACUGUGAAGUCCACGUUAGACAGGGAUGCACCGGAAGUUAGUCAAAGUGGUGGAGUUUAUGCUAUCUAUGUUAUGGCUCGGGAAAAUGACACCACUCAAGAUGAAAGUAAGAUAACAGCGACAACGUUGGUGACAAUCACAGUAAAAGAUGUAAAUGACAACACACCACAGUUUAACUCACCAACAUACGAGGCUUUUAUUCUGGAGAAUAUGCAGGAAGGUGUACCAAUAACAUUUAAUGGUCCUGGGUCAAUCAGCUUUAUGAAUGUCAGUGACAUUGAUCAGGGUGUAUUUAGCCACUUUCAACUGUCUCUAGAGAAAGAUGGGCAGCCAUAUCACGACUUUGCUCCAUUACCUAGUGAGGUUUUUGUUGAAUCAUCAGUCCUUAUUCGUGUACAGAACAGUACUGCUCUUGAUUUCGAAAAAAUCCAAAAUGUUACAUUCCAGAUAAUUGCACGAGAGAUAGGAACACCAGAAUUGAGGUCAAGUACGGCAGAUGUUACUAUACAUAUACAAGACAUGAACGAUAACUCACCAAUAUUUCAGCCAGAAACAUUACCUCCCCUUUCUAUGAUGGAAAAUGCUUCAAUGGGAACGGAACUUAUAAUCCUUACUGCAACAGAUGCAGACAAAGGAAAAUUUGGUAACAUAUCCUACCAUAUUAGAGGCAACAAUCAAAUAUUCAAAAUUGAUGAGAAUUCAGGUCGGAUAACUCUAGACGGAGCUUUAGAUCGUGAAAAAGUUGACAACUAUUUCCUGACAGCGGAGGCAAAAGAUGGGGGUGGCCUGACUACAUUUAUUAAUCUGGAUAUAAAAGUUCUUGAUGUUAAUGACAUGAAUCCAGUGUUCCGGCGUAAGGAGCAGUUUGUUACUGUAAGAGAGGACAGUCUACAGUUCUUGAGAGGGGAUCUCAUUGUUGAGGCAACAGAUGAAGAUGAACCAAACACACCCAACAGUGAGAUUAUGUUUAGAAUAACGAAAGCCUCAGCUGGCCUUGAGAACAAGUUCGCAGUGAACAGUACAUCUGGAUUAAUCACUAUGGUUGAGAAGAUAGACUACGAGGCACUACCUGCCGACCUCAAAGGAAGAGUCCUCCUUGAAGUCGAGGCAUAUGACCUUGGUGUGCCAAGUCUGUCUACCUACAUCAAUGUUACUGUUGAAGUAGUGGAUGUCAAUGAUAAUGCGCCAGUCUUCAACCCCAAAUAUUACACAGCCACCAUUCCAGAAAAUGCCAGUGCUGGCACUUACGUUGUCAAGGUAUCUGCUACAGAUGGCGACAGUGAAAUACCGAACAAUCAGUAUCUGUACAGAAUUGACAACGGUGCUGGUGAUAAGUUCCGUAUUGACUUCCAGUCGGGUGUAAUUUCUAUCGAAGUCGGAGCUAAGCUAGAUCGGGAGAUAAAAGAUAAUUAUAUCCUCAAUGUCUCGGCAACAGAUCGUGGUGCAGUACCGCUGACUGGCCUCUGUAUAGUGAACGUUACAGUUUUAGACGUGAACGAUGAACCGCCAGUGUUUGAUCCAGCAACUGUUACAGCCUCCAUAUCUGAAGAGUCAAUAGCAGGUACCACUGUUGUCUGUGUAACAGCUACCGACCCUGACACUCACCAUUCUCUAUCAUACAGCAUUGUGUCAAGUUCUAUACAAGCGUACGAUGAAAAUGGAAAAACUGUAAACGUUACAUCAACAGGGGUUAAGAAUUAUUUUGCAAUUGAUAAUAACACUGGGUGUAUUACUGUAGCAAACAAGCCAGACAGGGAAACAGCUGAGACAAUUGUGUUUGAUGCUAUGGUAAAUGAUGUUUUGGGUAUAACAGGGCCGGGAACCAAACCACAAACUGCCAAAGCCAGCGUCACUGUAACAUUGUUGGACUAUAACGACAAUUAUCCUCAAUUCUUGCCAAACUCCUCAUAUAACCUGAAGAUCCCAGAAGGUCUUGAAGCACCCACCGAGGUCCUCAGGUUUGAGACCCUCGACAAAGACAAAAACCAACAGAUCUCUUACAAGAUGGAUAAAGAUCCUAACAAAAACUUUGUUGUCACAGAAAAAACUGGAAUAUUGAGACUGAACAAGGCUUUAGACAGAGAAAAGACACCUACUUUGGAGGUUACGGUUAUAGCCAUGGACAACGUAGACCCGAUAAAGUCAUCCACUGCGACAGUUAGUAUCAGUGUACAAGACGUAAAUGACAACACACCAGUGUUUGCGGUAUACAAGCAGAGUUAUAAAGUGAAAGAGGACGCAGUGAUCGGUAAAGUUAUUGCUACUAUACAGGCAACUGAUGAAGAUUUGGGAGAAUUUGGAAACGUCGUAUAUAGUUUUGAUGUCAGCAACGAUGACGAUAAACUCAAAAUAAAUAGAUUAACCGGUGAAAUAUCUGUUGCCAAAAGAUUAGAUAGAGAGACUAGGAGUUUAUAUACCUUGUAUGUCACAGCAGUCGAUAAUCCUGACAACCCUAACAAACAGAGAACCAAUCAAACAAAAGCAAUCACAAUAGAGGUGGAGGACGUCAAUGACAAUGACCCGGAAUUUACAAACAUCGACAAAGACACUCGCGCAACAGUUCUAGAAAAUGCUUUUGACCCUAACAAAGAAGGAACACCGGUUUUUUCAGUAUCAGCAGAAGACAAAGAUACUGGUGAGAACGCUAGACUGGUUUACACAAUUUCUGCUAAUGAGACUGUAUCCAAACUGUUCACUAUACAGACUGUGUCAAAAAACAUUGGAGGAACGCCAAAAUAUUUCGGAGACAUCAGAGUGGCAAAUAAUCUAUUAGGAAGCGUGGGAGAGUUACAUUUGAAUGUCACAGUUACCGACCAGGGAAAUCCACAAAGGUCUGCCAUGACUGGUUUAAUUAUUGAGGUACAAGAUGUGAAUCUUCAUCAACCAGUGUUUAUUAAUCCAACAGGGCCACGGGCAGAAAUUAAUACUGAAGAGAAAAAGCCUGUAGGUACUCAAGUAUUUGAGAUCAAGGCAAAGGAUGAUGAUCAUGGUCGAAACAGUGAGAUCACCUACGAGAUUCAGAAAGAGAAUGACUGGCAGGUGUUUGAGAUAGACUCUAAAACUGGUCUGCUUACGAAUAAGAUAAUACUCGAUAGAGAAUCUAAAGACAAAUAUGAGAUCAAGAUAAAAGCAAAAGACAAUGGAGUACCUAACCCUCUUUACAGUACACUAACAUUGAUAAUCAGGGUGUUAGACGUUGAUGACAAUGCCCCACAAUUCAUUGUCCCGCGACUUCAACCUUACAAAAUCAAGAUUGAGGAGGAGCGUGUACAUGAUCAAACAACAACAGAUCUGGAUAUCGCUGUAGAUAAAGAUACUGGCAAUAAUUCUAUCAUCUGUUAUUACAUAAUCGGUGGUGACAAGGAGGUGAGCAGUCAUUUUCAGUUGGACCAGAGUGGUAUUUUGACCUUGACAAGGUCAUUUGAUCGUGAGAACUUGACAGUGCCCUAUAUCAAUAUGAUCGUCCUGGCUUCGCCUAUAUGUUACGCUGACUACAGUAUAGAUGUCGGCAUGGUCUCCUUCCCUCCGAGCGGUUACCAGAGCAAUCUGUCACUUCUCUGGGUACAGGUUGAGAUUACAGAUAUAAAUGAUAAUCCACCACAGUUCAAACAGUCAGUGUUGACACUUGGUGUAACUAGAGAUACAGGGUUUGGCAUGUCUAUAACAAACCUUCAGGACCUGGUGACAGAUGAGGAUGCUACAAUGAAGGUGGAGUUUUCUUCCCUGUGUACAGAGCACCAUUUACAAGACAAGAAGGUCCAGUGUAACCUAGGACAGAAUCCUAAAUCACAACCAUUCCUUGUGUUCAAGAAUGGCACCGUGGCAACAAACACGUAUUUUCAAGCUAACAUGUACGGGUACUACCUCAUUCAUAUACAAGCCAAAGAGAAUGUGACAGGAGGCGAGCCUUUCAUAGCUAAUGCAACACUCAGGAUAUCACUUAUAAAUGAUGACCAACGUGUAAAAGUGGUCUUCAGGAAUACACCAGAUUUAGUCAGAGGUUUCCAAGUGGCAUUUACACAAAAACUUCAGCAGACAACAGGAUAUAGAAUUGUUGUAGAUAAAAUUCAGACCCAUGAAAACAAGUAUGGUUUUCCGGAAGUUAAUAAAACUGAUAUGUUUAUACAUGGAGAAGAUAUGAAAACCAAUGAGACAAUAUCUUCACAAGAGUUGCUACGGGUGAUAGAUUCUUUUGCUGAGGCAUUACUUGGUGUGAGAUAUGAUUACAAGGUGCUAGAAAUUGUGCCAACAGUUACAGCAUCAGAAGAGGAAAGUUUAGAGAAUACAUACAAGAUGGCACUUAUACUAGUGACGAUAGCUUUAACUUUACUUUGUGUUGGAUUAUGUAUAGUGUUCUAUAUAUCACGACAACAGUAUCAGAGAAAAUUAAAAGCUGCUACAGCUAUGGCAUAUGCUACAGCCCAUAAUGGGACUGGUACCAUUGUCUCACAGUGUUCUAGCUCAGAUUUACACAAGCUUGAAUUGCCUGGAACCAAUGUUCAUGCCUAUGAAAAUACCAACCCAAUCUACUUAGAAAAAGUGCUAUUGGAAGAAGCUGGUGAAAGAGAUGAUGAUGAUGAUUCCCUGGACAAUAAUCAAGUAGAUGCAAACCAACAAUCCCAGUACAGUGAACAACAAAUGAACAUGAACUUUUACACAGAGGAUAACAAUCUCAAUAAAUUACCACAAUCAAAACUCGGUAACGGAGAUUCGCUUUUAAACGCAGCUCUCCAGCAGCAUCAAGCUCGUAAAAUGGCGAACGGUGAAGCCGUACAAAAUGGCCACGUAGAAAAGAAAGAGGACAAUUUUGCUGGCUUGCCAACUACGGAAAUUUAAUUUUUCCUGUACAAUUUAGACUUUGAUUGUGAUAUUUUGUGUGAUUGUUCAAUUGAUUUUGUUUUAGUUACUGGUUUGGACAAUUAUUGGAUUUUUUUCCUGUUCAUUUAUGGGUUUAGAAAUUGAUUUCACAAGGUGCUAUGAUCGUUAAACUUUGCCGUUCAUUCUAGUGCUAGAUAACUGAAAUUAUCUAAAGAUUUAAUUUGCUACAUAUAUAUAUGUAUGAGGUUUUUUUAGCAAUGCAAAUGGAACUUAAUAUUUUUAUUAAGCAACUCAUCCCAGUGUUGCAGAGAGCUGGCUAAUGACUGAAAAUAAUCAAAAGUUAAAGACACUACUUGUACUAUAGACUUUCUUGUAUAAGGUUUGCUCGGAAAAAUAAAUUACUAAAUAUAACAUUAGUUAUUUAGCCCUUAACCAUGAAAAAUAUCUUGAAUUGACUUGUCUGUCAGUCUGCACAAAAACUUCAUUCGUAGGGAAAAUUUUAUAAACAGUACUGACUGAAUAAUGAACAGUGCGGAAGGCACGGAUGUGUCAGCUGAUCUUGGCCUGCACUGGUCAUAUGGGAUGAUUCAGUUUCCUGAGGGUUAAAAAUAGUUGCCUCAAUAUCAUGUUUAUUGUAAAUGUCAUAUUUAUUAUACUUAAAGGAUUGUCCAGGGAAGUAAGGUGUA